GGCCAAACCCAGUUCAUCUCCAGAAGUUGCCUCUCCAAUGGCUUCCUUUUCUCUCUGGUUCUUCUCCUUCCUCUCUGUUUUCCUCUGCCAUGGCGUUUUCAAGCUUGAAGCUUCCCACCAUGUUUACAGAGCUCAAACCUCUGCCUCUGUUCCUCCAGAUCAUCAACAACCUUACAGAACUUCCUACCAUUUUCAGCCUCCCAAGAAUUGGAUGAAUGAUCCAAAUGGUCCAAUGAUAUACAAAGGAAUUUACCAUCUGUUUUACCAAUACAACCCAAAAGGAGCAGUGUGGGGGAACAUAGUGUGGGCCCACUCCACAUCAACGGACCUGAUCAACUGGGUGCCCCACCAGCACGCCAUCUUCCCAUCCCAGCCGUCGGAUAUCAACGGCUGCUGGUCGGGCUCCGCCACCAUCUUGCCGGGAAACAAACCGGCGAUGCUGUACACGGGAAUCAACCCACAGAACCACCAAGUUCAAAACUUGGCCGUCCCCAAAAAUCUCUCCGACCCAUUUCUCAUAGAAUGGGUGAAAUCCCCAAAAAACCCUCUUAUGGCCCCCACCCCACAGAACAACAUCAACUCUAGCUCCUUCCGGGACCCCACCACGGCCUGGCUCGGUCGGGACCGUCAAUGGCGAGUCGUCAUCGGAAGCAAAAUCAACGCCCGUGGACUCGCCAUUAUGUACCGGAGCAAGGACUUCAUCCAAUGGGAUCAGGUGAACAACCCGCUUCAUUAUGCCGAUGACACUGGAAUGUGGGAGUGUCCGGAUUUCUUCCCGGUGGCAAAGAACAGUAGGGUCGGAGUUGACACGUCGGUAAAUGGACCACGAGUGAAGCACGUGCUGAAGGUGAGCUUGGACGACACGAAGCACGACCAUUACACCGUAGGGACAUAUAACGUGAAAAAGGAUGUGUAUGUCCCAGAUAAAGGAUCGGUAGAAGGUUACGCUGGAUUGAGAUACGAUUAUGGGAAAUGUUAUGCAUCAAAAACUUUCUUUGACAGCGAGAAGAAAAGGAGAGUUUUGUGGGGUUGGGUGAAUGAAUCUUCAAGUGUUGAUGAUGAUAAGAAGAAGGGAUGGUCUGGCGUCCAGGCAAUUCCAAGGAGUAUUUGGCUUGAUGCAUCGGGAAAGCAACUAGUUCAAUGGCCAAUAGUGGAAAUCCAAAAGCUGAGAAAGGACAAAGUUAAGUUGAUAAAUAAAGUGUUGAAGAAAGGGUCCGUGAUUGAAGUGAAGGGUGUAACAGCAGCACAGGUAGAUGUUGAGGUUUCUUUUAAAGUAAAAAACUUUAAGAAAGCCCAAGUGCUAAAACCUGAAUGGAAAGAUCCUCAAUUGCUUUGUGCCCAAAAGGGAGCAGCAAAAGAGAGUGGAGUAGGGCCAUUUGGACUUCUGCUUUUGGCUUCAAAGGACUUGAAAGAGUACACUUCUGUGUUCUUUAAAGUAUUCAAACGCGAGGGCAAGUAUGUUGUGCUUAUGUGUAGCGACCAAAGCAGGUCUUCUCUAAAUUCAAAUAAUGAUAAGACAACAUAUGGAGCAUUUGUGGACAUGGACCCAGUUCGUGAAAAUCUUUCACUAAGAAGCUUGAUUGAUCACUCCAUUGUUGAGAGUUUUGGAGUUAAAGGGAAGGCUUGCAUCACAGCCAGAGUUUACCCAACAUUAGCCAUUGGAGAAAACGUUGGUCUCUAUGCUUUUAACAAUGCGACAGAGGGUGUCACCAUCUCGAAACUCACUGCUUGGAGUUUGAACAAAGCUCAUAUUAAUUGAACCAACGGCCAAAAAAUGGGAAGGAAAUGAGGGGAUGAGAUUUUUAACCCUUUUUUUCCCUCAUUUUUAUUGUGUAUUUGAAUAAGCCAUCUGGCAAAUAAACAAAAGAGAAUCUAUUCUAAUUUUGUCUUUGCUGUGA